AUGGGUUUACUUUCCAGAUGUCGAAAGAGCAGAAUGGCUAAACAAAGUAAUAAAGUCAAAAAGCGAAACACUUUUAGGGACAUUAUCGUUUCAUCUAUCGAGCCUGUCGUAGCACAGAAUCUACCAACUGCACUGACACCUUUUAGUUUCUCUACUAUUGACUUAGGUGACACGCCUCCUAGAGUCGGUGGUGUGAAGGUCUAUAUGAAUGAAAACAUCAGAAGAGAUGAAAUCGUUAUGGACCUGGACCUUAUUGACGCAAGAAUCAAAGUAAACUUAGGAAAAGUAAAAGCAGGUGUGAAGGAGUUUGAGCUACGCGGUACACUACGAGUUGUUAUGAAACCUUUAGUUCCAAAAGUCCCGUUUGCUGGUGCGGUUACCGUAUGCUUUCUGGAUAGUCCGUAUAUCAAUUUCUCUUUAACAGAUAUGGGAAAUAUCCUGGGACUUCCUGGUUUGCAACAGACAUUGAAUACAGUUAUUCGUAAUGUUGUCAACCAGUUGGUCGUUCUUCCGAAUCGGUUGCCUGUUCAACUAGUUCCUGACGUUGACAUACAGCGUUUGAAAUACCCAUUACCUGAAGGUGUCCUUCAUAUCAAUAUCAUAUCUGGUCGAAAUCUUAAAGCAGGUGAUAAAAAUAUGGUUGGACACAAUACAUCUGAUCCAUAUUGUGUUAUACGAGUUGGUGCUAGAACGUUUACUACUUCGGUUGUCAAAGAAACACUAGAACCAGUUUGGAAUCAACAUUUUGAAUCUAUCGUUGAUAUUUGUCAUGGUCAGUCAGUAACAUUUGAAGUGUAUGAUAAAGAUCAAGGGAAUAAGGAUGAUUAUUUGGGUUGUACUUCGAUACCAGUUGAAUCAGUUCUCAGUGAAGGUGAAAUAGACACGUGGUCCUCGUUAGAAGGUGUAAAAACUGGUUCGUUACAUUUGCAGUUAACAUGGUUUCGAUUGUCAAAUCAUGAAGUGGAUUUUGUACAGUCAAUGGAACAGGCUUUACAUUAUCGUAAAGCAUCUGGACGAAGUAUGAGUUCAGGAUUCUUAUACGUUGUUAUUGAACAAGCGAAUAAUUUACCAUCGGUAAAACAACUACAAGAACCUUCACCAUUUUGUAAUAUCCAUCUAGGGCGUGAUUAUCAAACAAAUGAAGUUAAGGAAAAAACACAAAAUCCCGUUUGGAAUUCUGUGCAUCAUUUUCUUGUUAGUGAUCCAAAUGUUGAUAUACUUCAGCUUAUUGUACGUGACAGUCGAACGGAGACGAAAUUGGGAUCCUGUAACAUCCCUCUACAAACUUUAUUAACACAGAAGAAUAUGUCUGUCACGCGACCGUUCACCUUGCAAGAUACAGGUCGGGAAACAUCGACCGUCUACAUGCAUUUGCAAUUGUUGGCUUUACUCCCUGGUCGGCGUCAAAAUGCAGGUGGUCAAAAUAAUUCCAGCAUAAAGUCCAGUUCAUCGUUGAAUCAGAAAUUAACUGAUAAUUCUAUCCCAACUAAAAAACCUGCUGAAUCGUCUAUAGAAAAUCCAGAAAUGGUUGUAAGAAAUCGUUUUUCUGAAGAUAAUGAUACAAUUUCUUCUACAGAAUCUUUAUCAACAACAACAAGCUUCAAUGAUCAAUCGAUUCAACCAAUUAAACAAAUUAUUCAUAAUAAUAUACAACAAAUAAGCAAUUCAUCUUUGGGUCGUAUUCGCUUGACUAUUCAAUUUCAUCCUGCAUCGAAUUAUCUAGAAGUGACAGUACAUGAAUGUCAACAUUUAAGCGGUGUUGAUAAAGAUGGCCUAUCUGAUCCAUAUGUAAAACUUUAUCUUAUGGAUUUACACGAUAAUUUGGUCAGUGAUUCAAAAAAGACUAAAACUGUUAAAGAUAAUUUGGAUCCGAAAUAUGAAGAGAAUUUUCAGUUUCCGAUUGAGGUUGACCACCUUCCAUUGACUGUUUUAAAACUCGAUGUCAAAAAUCAUGUGGGACGUUUUACACGCAGUGGAAAGACCCACUUUAUCGGGACUUUAUCGAUAAAUCUUAUUGAUUCCGCAGAUGGUAAAGCUGAAACUAAAUGGUAUGACUUGGCGUCACCCAUUUUUCGUCCGUAACUUCGCGUAGUUUGGUUCGAAACACACAUCUUUUGUCUGUCUGUUGUUUGAUCUUUAUUUAUUGUACAAGCUAAAUUCAUGCGCCGUUUUUUAAUACUCAUUAGUUACAUUUGUAAACUUUUGCCCUUAUUUCCUUGCAACUAGUGUGAUUCAUUUUAAUUUUUGCUUAUCUGUGUAUUUACCUUUACUAAUAAUCAUGUAUGCUUAUAUUUUCCUAAGUAUAUAAUCGCUAAAGAACUUACUCUGCAGCCUUUGAAAUGUGUUAAACUUUGUUCUGUGAUUAACGACUUGAUGUUUACUUAUGCUUAUUUACUUCAUGGUGACAUGUGUGUCACACUUCAAGCUUCCUUCAGAUUCUUCACUUUUUGAGCUACAUUAUUUCCUCCUAUUCACAAUGAUAUAACCGUCAUCAUUACCUACCUUGA